ACGAAACACAACGUAGCAGGAUGUUCACUUCUCUCCUGAUCGCGGCGGCGGUGGUGGCGGUGGGCAAGUGCUACCCCGCGAAACUGAACAAUAUCAAUGAACCCACGAUACCUGCGAAGUACGAUUUUAAGUACGACGUAAAUGCCGAGGCUGAGGGCACUUCCUUCAGCCACCAAGAAUCCCGGGACAACGAUCUAACAAAGGGAAACUACGAGGUCCAGCUGCCUGACGGUCGGAUACAGAAGGUAACCUACACGGCUGAUGAAAAUGGUUUCGUUGCUGAAGUGGAAUACGUGGGCGAUGUCUUAGUUCAAGGACCACAGCAGUCUUCCUCCUCCUUCGGCGCACCUGUCAUCAACGCUAACCGUCCCCUACCACUAGAGACAGAUUUCACCCCAAGAGCCCCCCAGCAGGCAGAGUUUUUCCCCAUUAAUCAGGAGCAGUUCCUCCCAGUCCAAGACUCUCGUCAGUUCCAGCCAAUCUCAGCCCCGCUUAGUGACCAGUUUUUCAACCCCCAGCAGUCUCAGCCCCAAGAAAUCCAGCAGUCCAACACGUUCCAACAACUUCCAGCCUUUCCUCAGCAGUCCCAAAGCUUUUCUCCGUCCAAUCAGCCAUUAUUCCAGCCAGUGACACCCAGAAUCAGCCGCAUCCAGUCCCAUUCCACAAUCGGUUAAUUUCGAAAGUCUCAUUCUGAGAGCCAUAUGGACAUCGCCGCACAUAGAAGACGCAUUGACAGACGAAUUAGUGUAAUAAUAAUGUAUUAAGAGAUAGACAAAAUGAUCAAACAAAAGGAAUUUAAACGCUUUUCCAAAGUACUA